AUGGAGAGGCUGCCUUCAGUGCUUGCUGCACCGUCCGCGCUGGACGGUGCGGUUGCUGACGAUGGUCUGGACGUCGCAGCUCGAGACGUGCCCGGCGACGACGCGGGCGCAGGGCACGCGCAUCGUCGUCUGAAGUGGCUGGUGUCGUGCUUGACAGAGAUGGAGAUUUGGUGUGCGUGGUUCGUCAAGCAUCUACGACGGAACAUGCUCGAUCAUGACUUUGCCCUCUCUAUUUAUGUUCAUUUGGUCAAUAUGACCAUGACCGCUCUGUUCGACAAUGGCUUUUCUUCCGCCGGAAACCCUUUGGACCAGACCACUGGUCACCACUACAGGCUGCCUCUGCUCGACAAUUGA